AUGGUUGCACAUCAGGACUUAGAACUUGAGCAACUAGACGUGAAGACAGCUUUCCUACAUGGAGAGUUAGAUGAAGAGAUUUAUAUGAUUCAACCAGAUGGAUUCCAUGUUUCGAGAAAAGAAUAUUAUGUAUGCAAGUUGAAGAAAUCCUUGUAUGGAUUAAAGCAGUCCCCAAGGCAGUGGUACAAAAGGUUUAACGGCUACAUGAUUGAGCUCGGCUACAACAGAAGUCAGUAUGAUUGUUGUGUAUAUCACAACAAACUUGAAGAUGGUUCGAUGAUCUACUUGAUUCUGUAUGUAGAUGAUAUGCUCAUAGUUGCGAGGAACAAAACUGAUAUACAGAAGUUGAAAAGUCUUCUCAGUGCAGAGUUUGAGAUGAAAGACUUGGGUGCAGCACAGAAAAUUCCGGGAAUGGAGAUUUUCAGGGAUAGAGCAAAGCCCUUGAAUACUCCGAGUGCAGCAAAUGCUCAACUAUCUGUUACACUCGCACCACAGUCAGAAGCAGAGAUAGAGUAUAUGGCUAAGGUUCCCUAUUCUAGUGCAGUGGGCAGUUUGAUGUAUGCCAUGGUCUGCACUAGACCUAAUCUGGCACAUACAGUUAGUGUUGUUAGCAGAUUCAUGGCUAAUCCUGGAAAGGAGCACUGGCUGGCAUUGAAGCGAAUUUUUCGUUAUCUGAGAGGUACGUAUGAUGUUGGUCUCAUCUAUGGAGGUGAUACAGAGUGUUUGGUUACAGGCUAUUCAGAUUCUGAUUAUGCUGGAGAUGUUGACGGUAAUAGCCUGUCUGGUAGUCUUUCAUCCAGCAUAUGUGCCCGUCUUCAAGGACUCUCAUGGCUUGACCUUUCCCAUAAUGAAUUAAGUGGCAUGAUACCAGCAUCCUUAUCUAAAUGUUCAAAGCUUCGUGUACUGGGGUUGUCAUACAACAACUUUAGUGGAGUUAUGCCGGAAGAAGUUGGGAACUUGACGGCACUCCAGCAACUAUAUCUUGGUCACAACGAUUUAGAAGAUAGUGGAAAUCAACAACAAUCAGCUUUCCGGUUCUUUGCCACGGAGGUGUUCAAUAUUUCGUCAUUGGAGACUAUUGAUUUUGCUGGUAAUAGCCAAUCUGGUAGUCUUCCAGUCAGCAUAUGUUCCCGUCUUCAAAGACUCAAAUGGCUUGAUCUUUUCUAUAACAAAUUAAGUGGUAUGAUACCAGCAUCCUUAUCCAAAUGUUCAAAGCUUCGUGUACUGGGGUUGUCAUACAACAACUUUAGUGGAGUGAUGCCAGAAGAAGUUGGGAAUUUGACGGCACUCCAGGAACUAUAUCUUGGUAGCAUUCCAGAAGAGUUUGGCAACCUAAAGUAUCUAGAAGUACUUAAUAUGGACUUCAAUAGCCUAACUGGAUCCAUACCCGCUCAAAUUUUCAACAUCUCAACACUGCAAAUAUUGGGCCUUGAGGGCAAUAAGCUUUCUGGAAGACUUCCGCCCUCCAUGGGUUAUGGAUUAAUCAACCUCGAAGAACUUUGUCUCAAUAUGAAUGAGUGUGAUGGAGUAAUACCACCCUCAAUCUCAAAUGCAUCUAAAUUAACUGUGUUGGUCUUGAAUUCAAACAGAUUUAGUGGUCCAGUUCCAAACUCUAUUGGGGACCUAAGACUUCUAAGACGGCUGAUUCUCUAUGAAAAUCAUUUGGCAACUGAACCUUCAUCAAGAGAAUUGAGUUUUAUCAAUUACUUGACAAAUUCGUGGACCCCUUCCAUCGGAGUGAGACACUUGCAAAAACUCCAAGGUUUAAGUUUGACAUCCAAUCAACUGAGUGGUUCAAUUCCAAAUAGUCUUUGCGAGUUAAAGAGCUUAUACAAAUUGUAUCUGAAAGCAAAUCAGCUUCGUGGGUCAAUAACAUCAUGCUUAAGCAAUGUUAGUUCGCUGAGAGAAAUUUUCUUUGAUGGAAACUUCUUAAACUCAAGCAUUCCUGCUGGCUUAUGGAACCUCACCGAUCUCUUGUAUUUGGAUUUGUCCUCUAAUUUACUGAGUGGCUCACUACCUCAAGAAGUUCAAAAUUUGAAGGCAAUAACACUAUUGGGUCCAAGAAAUCAUCUUAGUGGAAGUAUUCCAAGUUCCAUUGGAGGUUUGCAAAGUCUAGCCAACCUUUCUUUAGCACAAAAUCAGUUUGAGGGACCUAUUCCAGACUCACACGGUCAUAUUAUAAGCUUGGAGGUUUUGGACCUAUCCAAUAACAAUCUAUCAGGUCCCAUCCCAAAGUCCUUGGAGGUACUCUCAUAUCUCACUCAUCUUAAUCUUUCUUUCAACCACUUAGGAGGAGAAAUUCCCUCUGGUGGUCCUUUUGAGAACUUCACACACGAAUCAUUCAUGUGUAAUGGUGAAUUGUGUGGAGCCCAAAGAUUUCAUGUUCCUCCAUGUUGGAGUCACAAAAAAGUAUUUCACAUGUUAGGCAUUAUAUUGAGUAUAACAGCAGCAGUAAUUGCUGUUGCAAAGGAAGAAUGA